UUUAUUGAUCACCAGCUGCAGCGGUGGACCAGACGGACAUUUAGUCCCUAUCUUCAUGGAGCUCCCAGUCCACUUUACAGAGCACGUGCGAGGAUUAAUGUGAACGUGGUGGAGGCGCUUCAGGAAUUCUGGCAGAUGAAACAGUCCCGUGGGGCUGACUUGAAGAAUGGGGCUCUUGUGGUUUAUGAGAUGGUUCCUUCCAACAGUCCUCCCUAUGUCUGCUAUGUUACCCUGCCUGGGGGAAGUUGCUUCGGGAGUUUCCAGUUUUGCCCCACAAAAGCUGAGGCCCGGCGGAGUGCUGCAAAGAUUGCACUAAUGAACUCUGUGUUUAAUGAACAUCCUUCCCGAAGAAUCACUGAUGAGUUCAUUGAGAAGAGUGUCUCUGAGGCCCUGGCAUCUUUCAAUGGCAACAGGGAGGAAGCUGACAACCCAAAUACAGGGAUUGGUGCCUUCCGAUUCAUGUUGGAAUCCAACAAGGGCAAGUCAAUGUUAGAGUUCCAGGAGUUAAUGACAGUUUUUCAACUGCUGCACUGGAAUGGCAGCCUUAAGGCCAUGAGGGAAAGACAGUGCUCUCGGCAGGAAGUGUUGGCUCAUUAUUCACACCGGGCCCUGGAUGAUGAUAUUCGCCACCAAAUGGCAUUGGACUGGGUGAGCCGGGAGCAGAGUGUGCCCGGGGCGCUGUCUAGAGAGCUGGCCUCUACUGAGCGGGAGCUGGAUGAAGCCCGGCUGGCAGGCAAGGAGCUGCGCUUCCACAAGGAGAAGAAAGAUAUUCUCAUGCUGGCUGCUGGGCAGUUGGGCAAUAUGCAUUCCUCCAACUGCUAGGCAUCCAUCCACCCACACACCUCCCAUCCUCUCCAGGCCCUUUUUUAUAUGUCCUUUCUAAGACUUAGUAUGAUUUCUGUACAUACUUUCUCAAUUUUAUACUUUAAAAUAUAGAGAUUUAUAUAUGUGUAUAAAUUCUACACCUGGAUUCCUAUUUGCUAAGAGAUCCCUUUUCUGACUUCUAGUUGCUGGGGGUAGUUUCAUUUGAAACAUUUCCACUCCACUUUACAAGAAGAGUAGGCUCUCUUUGGAGCUUUGUUGGAUCUUACACCCCUAGCAACUGUGUACUCAUUUCAGUAGCACGAGAUGAUUGACUAAGUGUUCGUGUCUCCUCCUUUUAAGAUACCAGGGAGCUUGAAUAAAGGCUUUGUGCCCCCCGCACCAUUCCUGCUUUUUCUUAGACUCAAACAGGUUAUGAGGAGUCUGAAGCCUUCUGCUUUGGUUUAUCUUGAGCUGGGCCUACUCGGACAGAGUUGUUCCUCCAGUAAGGCUAUUUCCUGACACCAUUACCUUCCUCCCUGCCUCUGACUCCUAUUGAUCCUUCAUUGUGAGGCUUCCUUACUUUAUUAUUUGGAAGGAAGUGGAGAUCUGGUUUCUCAUUUUUAAAUCAUUCCUGAGCAAGUGCCCGGGAACAAGAGGAAGUAUAAACACAAUCUGUAGGGGUUUAUCACCGAAGUUGCUUCUGGGGCAUAGAUACCAUAGCAGUAGUCCAGGGUUCUGGAUGUACUCUACUCUACAGAAAGAAGGGGUCAGGGGUGGAGGUGCUUAUUUUCAGUAUCACGCUUUUCCCUCCUCCUCCCCUGCUCACCCGGCUUAGUGAAGCCCUGUAUUUAGACCUUCCUGCCUGCAGAGAUUGGUAGAAGGUGAAACCUAUUUCCCUCUUCUCUCUCCUCCCAUCAUUUUGCUCUUUGGAAAAAUUAUCUGUCCUGUUUGGAGAGGGCCAUGUUCCUCUCCCUGCCACGAAGUUGCGGUUGUCUACUACCUUAGAUGUACAUACCUUGGAUUCACAUGCGUUUUCUCUCCUCUUCUUCCACACUCUUAGAGCAUGACUAGAUCAGGAAAAUCAGAUAAGACUUUGGC